CAAGGUAAGUUUGAGGAAGCUGAGAGAAUGCAUCGACUUGUUUUCGUGGGACUUGAAAUGGCUUUGGGUUCAGAACAUCCUUACACCUUUUAUGCCGUGAACCAGAUUGGUUUGGCACUUGGCAAACAAGGAAAAUAUGAGAAGGCCUCAGAAAUGCAUCGAUACGCUUUCAACGGCCUGAAAAGGGUUCUAGAUCCGGAACACCCAGAGACUAUAUAUAGUGUGAAUAGCAUGAAUCUUAGUCAUGAAAUAACGCUCAAUAAAGAGUAG